CCAAGCAUGUUACUACUAAAUAUGUUCCUCCAGAAACAUGCAAAAUCCUUUUCUUUUCGAUGGCUUCAAUUAUUUUUAAUCUUGCUAGGCAUUUCUUCAGUUAAUGGAAAUGAGCACAAGAACUUUUAUAUUGUUUUUUUGGGAGCUAAUGCAGAGAGCAGAGGCAAUGCACAUGAGACCUAUUUAAAUGUUUUAUCUGAUGUAAAGGGGAGCUACCAUGAAGCAAAAGAAUCCAUGGUAUAUAGCUACUCAAAAAACUUCAAUGCAUUCGCUGCAAAAUUGUCAGGGUAUGAAGCCAAGAAGUUAUCUGCCAUGAAUGAAGUGCUUUUCAUGUUUCAAAAUCGGAACCGGCAGUUACAUACAACAAGAUCAUGGAACUUCAUUGGGUUACCUCCAACUGCUAAGAGAAGAUUGAAAUUAGAGAGUGACAUAGUAGUUGCUCUUUUUGAUACAGGGAUCACACCUGAGUCUAAAAGCUUCAAGGACGAUGGAUUUGGUCCUCCACCAGCAAGAUGGAAAGGAAGUUGUGGCCACUAUGCUAAUUUCUCAGGCUGUAAUAAAAAGAUAAUUGGAGCUAAGUACUUCAAGGGUGAUGGAAACCCUGAUCCAUCUGACAUAUUAUCUCCAGUAGAUGUUGAUGGUCAUGGUUCUCACACUGCAUCAACAGCUGCAGGCAAUCUGGUCACAAAUGCGAGCCUCUUUGGGUUGGCCAACGGGACUGCUCGUGGCGCCGUGCCAUCGGCUAGGCUGGCGAUUUACAAAGUUUGCUGGUCAUCUAGUGGAUGUGCAGACAUUGACAUACUUGCUGCAUUUGAUGCUGCCAUACAUGAUGGUGUGGAUGUGAUAUCUAUUUCCAUAGGUGGAGGGAAUCCUAAUUAUGCUGAAGACUCAAUAUCAAUUGGUGCAUUCCAUGCCAUGAAGAAAGGUAUAAUCACAGUGGCUUCUGCCGGAAAUGAUGGUCCAACUCCUGGAAGUUUAACAAAUACUGCACCAUGGAUUGUAACAGUAGCAGCUAGUGGCAUUGACAGGGCUUUCAAGAGCACUGUACAGUUGGGAAAUGAAAAGAAUGUUUCUGGAGUAGGAGUGAAUUGUUUCCAUCCGAAACAAAAACAAUACCCUCUUAUCAAUGGGAUUGAUGCAGCCAAAAACUCAAAAGACAAAGAAGAUGCAGGAUUCUGCUACGAAGAGGCCCUAGAGCCUAAUAAAGUGAAGGGAAAGCUAGUUUAUUGUAAAUUAGGAAGAUGGGGCACUGAUUCUGUUGUGAAAGGAAUUGGGGGCAUUGGUACUUUAAUAGAAAGUGACGAUUAUUCUGAUGUUGCUCAAAUUUUCAUGGCACCUGCUACCAUUGUGAAUAGUAGCAUAGGUGACACUGUUACUAAAUAUAUACAAUCUACAAGAUCACCAUCAGCAGUGAUAUACAAGAGCAAUGAAGUGCAAAUUCAAGCCCCAUUUAUUGCUACCUUUUCAUCUAGAGGCCCAAAUCCAGGAUCCCAAAAUCUUCUCAAGCCUGAUGUUGCAGCUCCUGGCAUUGACAUCUUGGCAUCUUACACUCUCAAAAAGUCACUCACUGGUUUGAAAGGAGACACUCAAUUUUCAGAAUUUAUCCUAUUAUCUGGCACUUCCAUGGCAUGUCCUCAUGUUGCUGGAGUAGCAGCAUAUGUGAAGUCAUUUCACCCUCAUUGGACUCCUGCUGCAAUCAGGUCUGCUAUCAUCACCACAGCCAAACCUAUGAGCAAGAGAAUUAACAAUGAGGCAGAAUUUGCCUAUGGUUCUGGUCAAUUGAACCCAACAAGAGCUGUGAGUCCUGGUUUGGUCUAUGACAUGGAUGACAUUGGCUAUAUCCAGUUCUUAUGCCAUGAAGGGUACAAUGGUUCCACUCUAUCACCUUUAGUUGGUUCACGCGUAAAUUGCUCAUCUUUGCUUCCUGGGCUUGGCCAAGAUGCUAUCAACUACCCCACAAUGCAAUUGAGCUUAGAAAGCAAGAAAGGCACAAGAGUAGGAGUUUUCAGAAGAAGAGUGACCAAUGUAGGUCCUGUUCCAACCAUCUACAAUGCCACCAUUGUAUCACCUAAGGGAGUGGAAAUCACAGUGAAGCCAACUAACCUCACUUUUUCUAAAACAUCCCAGAAGAGGAGCUUCAAAGUAGUUGUGAAAGUGACAUCUAUUGGAAGUAAGAAAAUUGUAUCAGGCUCUCUUAUAUGGAGAAGUAAACGUUACAUUGUAAGGAGUCCUAUUGUAAUCAACAAUCCAUAAGGUUGCAGUUAUCUGUGACCUAACUUUAAAGUUUUCUUUGUAGCACCUGUUUUGCAUAAUGUUAACAUUUUGCUUAUCAUGUGAUCACAAAUCUCUCUUGAAGUCUGUAUCUAAUACAAUCCUCAAAUAAAAAUGUUAUGGUUUAAU